AUGAGCUUAACGUUUCUUCGCAUGUUUGUGAUAUUCGCUGUGUAUAAUUUUAUUCUCACGUGUUACAUAUUUAGUGAACGUUAUAUGGUUGUACAUAGUGUAUAUCGCAGUGACAGUGGCACGGAUCAUACUGUCCACAGUUGCCCGAAGUUGUAUACCGCAUUACUAGAAAAAUUGCGCUCAAACUACACCGGCUCGGACAUUCGUUUAGAUAUCGGAAAUAACAAUUCGUUGUUCGUCAAAUACCUAUCUAAUGUUUAUCCUCUCACCUCAUCCGGAAGUUAUCAUCUACGCGGUGCUAGGGGGGAUGAUACGUAUAACGACACUCAUAUUCCAACAAAGGACAUUAUCUCUGAAAACAUAAUUACCAUGAAAACUCUCAGUGGCAGGAACAAGACAAGAAGUCACAACAAGGAGUCAGAAGACAGCACAAAUGUUCUUGCAGAUGUCACUGUGGUACCGCCUUCAAAAGAAGGCUUUGUACAGCAUACAUUACCACAAUCAUCUAACGUUACAAAUUCAGUGUCAGUACAGUACAUUAUUAGAAACGAUAAAUUGUGUUCAAAUGCCGAUGUGUAUCUUCUGAUACUUGUGCUUUCUGCGCCUAAAAACCGUCUGCAAAGAAAGGCCAUCAGAAAUACUUGGGGACGAGGUGCAGACGGAAGUGACGUAACAGUGCGUUUAGCAUUUCUUUUCGGGACCACCAUGGAAGUUAAAGAGAUGCAAACGCUGCGCAGUGAAUCUGAAAAAUUUGGUGAUAUUGUUCAGGGGGAUUUCGAAGAUUCGUAUGCUAAUUUGACUUUGAAAACGAUUUUUGGACUGCAGUGGACAGUGGAAAACUGCGCCAACGCAGCAUAUAUUCUCAAAGCGGACGACGAUAUAUAUGUUAUAAUGGAUAACUUACUUAGGUGGCUGAAGUAUUUACGACCAAUCAGAAGACGGCUAUUAUACACGGGGUAUUUGUACGGACACACGCGGGUCGAUAGAAAUAAGAAGACAAAAUGGUAUGUUCCAGAAAAAGACUAUCCCGAAAUGUUCUAUCCUCCCUAUAUUUCAGGCGGGGCUUAUCUAUUGUCAAACGAAGUAGUCCGUGAAUUCUACAGGGAGACAUCAAUGGUGAGACCGUUCAUAUUUGAGGAUGUGUAUUUAGGUAUAUUGGCUAAAAGACUUCAUAUAUAUGCAGUGCACAACUCCCUGUUUCACACCACCCAUGCUGGAUAUUCCAAACCAAAUUGUCAAAAGUCUAAAGCUAUAGCAGUUCAUGGUUUUAAAUCGCUGGAAAUGUACAAGUUUUAUAAUGAACUACAGAAAAAUAAAUAUGAAAACUGUACAAUUCAGGACAGUUGA